UGGUCCCUUCAGAUAUUUACUUCCGGGUGAAACCCCGCACUGAGCAGCUCGAUUGUUUGAGUCCAUUAUCUUGUGAGCAGUUUUGUUUCGUCUACUUUUGUGCUUUUUGGAAGCAACAAUGUUUCAGCUGAGGUUGUUUGUUCAUCAGCGGCUGUGCACAGCAGCAGAGGAGAUCCUCGGAGAGGUGGAGAAAGUCAUGACGUUAGCUUUGCACGAAGCUGACGUUCGACGGCAGAAACAGGAGCCCGACAGUCAACUUCCAAUAGUUACCUGUGUGCUGCAGAUAUCAAGUUCAGAACCCCCUCUGACAACCAGUGCUCUGAAUAGAGAGGAAGAGCUGCAGGGAACCUCAUCACAACCAUCGACACAAGAAGAGUCUAACUUAAGUCAGGCCGAGGUGCAGACUGACCUCUGUAUUAAAGAUGAGCAGAAAGAACAUGAACAUGACCGCCAAACACAGGAGGUUAUUUAUCCUUCUACUGAAACGGAACAAGAUCAGCCAGUGAACGAAACUUCUGGUGAAAUGCAGCCAGUCUCUUCAGACGGCUCUGAAGCUGAGAGUGAAAUCAAAGGCAGUGAUGAGGAGGUGGUGCAGAAUAAAGGAGCACAGAAAAAGAUGAGACAAAGGCCUGAUGGAAAAUAUUUUGCUAGAAGUCAAAGUGACCUUCAUGUUUGUCCCACGUGUGGAAAGGGCUUCCGGUACAUUGCUCCCUUCUUGAAGCACAUGAAAAAACACAAGAACAUCAAUGGUCCAACAAGGAAGCUUCUAGAGGAUUUGCAAAGUUCUCACAGCAGAAAGGUUUGUGAUGUUUGCGGCAAGAAUUUUGCCCAUACCUGGGGUCUGAAGAUUCAUUCAAAAAUACAUGCAGGGAUUAGAGACUUCAAAUGUCAAGAAUGUGGGAAAACCUUUUCCCAAAGAGCGAAUCUGAUGAUGCACUUAACGAGCCAUUCAGGAGAGAGGCCGUACCAGUGUGACAUCUGUGGAAUUUCUUUCACCCUGAAACAUAACCUCACAGCUCACAGGAGGAGACACACGGGAGAGAGACCGAAUCGUCGUGGGUCAGUGGGGAAACAAUUACACACACAUACAAAAAGAAGAUGAAUUAACCUGUCCCCUGUGAGAGCCUUGGUUAAACAUUUUGUCAUGAGAGAAAGUAGGUUCGACAUAAUUAUCAACACACAGUAAACACACAUUGGUACAAGGUCGAAUGACACAAGUUUUGAAUUUGAUUGUGCGAUUUUCAACAAAUAUAUUUUUUUGUUACAAAUGUUCCUGUUUAAAUGUGUAUCUACAUUUGGAAGUUGAAUAAAUAAAAAAUCUGUCUUUACACUUGGAUAACCUUCAGAGAUCAACAAGGUGUUGAAAUACAGUUCUGAAUAGAAAAUAUA